CGAAGCAGCGAGCCAGGGAGCACUAGCCAGCAGACAAAACUCGUUAUCCAGAAGAGGGCUGCUGCCCUGCCCUCAAGAUACGCUAUCCAAACCUCUCAAAAACCACACCGAGCUUGCUCGGCUCGGCAGUCGGCAACACAGCCGGAAAAUAUCCCCUUUUCUUAUCCAUGGAGGCGGCCGCGCUCACGAUACGCUCCACCUCCCUGCGUCCCGCCGCCGCCGCUCCUGCGCACGGCAACCGGCGGGCCGCGCGCGCGGCGGCCGUGCCUCGCCGCAGCCGGGCGCCGGGCGGCAGACUUCGGGCUUUGCCGCCGGAGCUCAGCGAGAUCCUCAGCCCCAAGCUGGUGCCCGGCUCGCCGUCCGACACCGGCGACGUCUCGUCGCUCAUCCCAGUCAGUGCUCUGAUGCUGCUCUUCUACUUCGUGUCCAACUGGGUGGUGCCUGAGUUGCUCAUGAAGCGGCUCCAGCCCAAGGCCGAGGACCAAGAGGCAUCAGCAGCGGCAUCCAUGUCGUUCUCCGGGGACGCCACCGAUGGCCAAUCGGAUGGCGACGACGCCCGUCCUAAGAUCCGGCUGAAGGUGAUCAAGAAGCAGAAGAAGAAGAAGAACAGAAAAGCGCCUGUGGAGGUCUAGCACGCAUACACAGUUUACAUGCAUGGAGGCGUCCCUGAUGAUUAAGUAUUGACAGACAUCAGAACAAAGUGCCUCUGAAGAAGAAAUGCUACAGGAGUAGUACUUAGCGUUGUCUGAUAUAUAUGCAUAUUGUACUUUGUCUCUUCUGAAUAAAACCUACAAUGUUAUUGUUUGCGCUGUAUACAUUGAAUCAAUGAUGAUGGAUGAUAGACGUUACUAUUUUCUGAAA